GUACUUUGAUGGUGACGGUUCCGAAGAUAUUAAAAUGAGUGGCUUAAAGUUCUUUUCAAUUUUGAUUUUUGUGAUAUUUUUGAAUAUUCAGUGCUCAUUUACGCAGCCUUAUGCAAAUGAUUAUCCUUACAAAAAGUAUGCUUACCAGAUUGAAGGAUCUGCAGGUGGUUCUGAUGGAUCCCGGUAUUAUAAAAAUAAUCUAAGAGAUCGAGAUGGUCGAUUAAAGGCAAAUGCAGACAUAGGAUCAAGCUUUAAUUUGGAUGCUGAUAAAAAUGAGCAUGAUUUGAAUCAACUAAAACGUGGAGGAUCAACUGACAAUUUGACACAUGUUCAAGGAGAAGAUUUUGAAACUGAUAAAAGUCACAAAAGGAAGCACAUAAAAUCAGGCUUCCAAAACUCAUACCACAAAGAUGAAAAUGGAUCUAGAACAUCAUAUUAUGAAGAUUCCGAUGAUACAGGAGGAAAAGUCAUUUAUGACAAAAGACAUGGACAACGUGGAGACAAUCAAGAGUCUCAAUUUAAUGAAGGACUUCGUAAUGGAGUUACAAGAGAUCGAUAUGAUGACAGAAAAAUUGGAUUUGAUAAUAGAGAUUUACAAGAUCAGCAUCGAUACCUUCAAGAAGAAAAUGGAAAACAACAUGGAUAUGUUGACAAUUUCAAGGGUGGAGUAGAUAAUCAAUUUGAAAUUGUUAGAAGACCUUACUCGGAUCAUUAUCGUCACACACCACCUUCAAGAUUGAGAGAUGUGGACGAUUAUGAUCGAUAUAAUCCAUCCAAUCAUUGGGGCUAUAACAGCAGACUCCCAACAACUCCAAAUUUACAGUCUGAUCCAUCUCCUUCGAGAGAUGUUUUUACAAGACGUAAAAUAACAAUUUAUGAAGAUCCACGUGAUGAAUAUGUUGAUCCAAAAGUCGAUCGUUUUCGUGACAAUGGCAAUUACAUGACAAGAAGUGAAAUCACAAGAAGAUUUGAUUACGGACCAGCUGAAAGAACUCCGUUUAGGACACGCUAUCGUGGCUUAUGAGUAGAAGUUGUGAGAGAAUCUUUUAGAUUUUAUCUUGACGAUUUACUGUCUUAUUUUUAAAAUUGAUUAACUAUAACAAUAAGCUAAGUAUGAAACUUACUUCCCACAUUUUCAAUAAUAUUAAAACCAUAAGUACAUUAUUUAAAUUAUCACGAGUUACUAGAACUUAGAAUAUCAAACUAUUUAUUUAUUUAAAAUUAAAAGAA